CCUAAAGUAACAUUACCAAAGACGCAAUCGAAAGAGGAGCUACACCGCAAUGAUGAACUUAAACAUAAUCAAAGGCUCCAUUUGGAGGAUAGAGAGAGUCAGGAACCACAAUGGCAGUCGAAAUACACAGUCGCGCACACACAAGGGUACCGACAAAGCCCAUACCAACAUACACUCACACCAGUUUAUACAAGUAGAGGAAAUGUUCCCACCAGACAAACCACAUUAGGAGAUCCACACAUGAUGAGUGACACAACACAAACAGAGGAGGUCGAGCCCAUGAAAACAGAACACAGUGGCGACGGCAUGGCAAAAAAGACGCAACGGCAUUACGACAAACAUCCGCAAGAGGAUCAACAGACGAAACCAUAUCAAACAACACCACAGCAACCAAAAAACAAUCCUUCCCACAAUUCCGUCCAAUCAGAGCACAGCGUGCCGCACAGCAGCCAAUUAGACGGUCUUAGUCGCACUUACAGCCACGUUGAGGUCAUUAGCCAAUCCAGUGGCUUAUCAGAAGUACUAAAUCAUCACUCUGACCAAUCAGAAGUUAGAAAACAUCAUCACCACCACCACCAAUCAGAAGCAAGUAACCAAAAUAAGCAGGAAAAGGAACAGCAGCAAGAGGAAACACAACAUUAUCUUCGUCACCAACACCACCGACACCAACAUACAACGCAAGCAGUUAGCCAACAACAGACUAGCACACAAAGAACAGUGACAAAAGCCCCUCCCACCACUCCCUCAGCCCCACAGACUCCGCCCCCUCUUCAGCCCCCGCGGAAGCGCCGACGGAAACACCGGAGGAGGAUGAGCAAGGCCUCCAUGAGAGCGAUGAUAAUGUAAUUUUAUUAUUAUAGUAUGCUAAUCGAAAGUGUACGGCUCAAUGA